AUGGAGAAGAUCGAUCACAGCAUGACAGAGGACAACAACAGUGGCAAUGGCUCUCCCUUGAGCCGUCAGAUGACUGUCGCCCUCACUCCUGAGCAAUACGAGAGACUGUUCUUCCAGCCCGAAGGUCCCAGACGUGGAGACUACUCCAAGCGAUUCGGUAACCCCACGUUGCUCGGCCUGCUCGGCUUUUUGAUCCCAUACACAUCCACUAUCCUCACACUCUGCGGUUUCCGAGGCGCCACUACCACCAGUCUCGUCGGUCUCGAUGGUGACUACUACGCCUUUGGCGGUAUUGCCAUGGUCCUUGCCGGCAUUGCUGAGUUCAUAAUUGGAAAUACUUUCCCCAUGGCCGUCUUCAUCAUCUACGGCGCCCACUGGAUCAGUCUUGCCUAUGCUCAAGAUCCUUUCUUCAACCAGAUCUCAGCCUUCCAGGCGGGCGGCGGUCUCGGUAUCGCCGGAGCCGCAUGGAACUCGUCGCAAGGAUUCCACAACAUCGUCAUGGUACUGGUCUCAUUCGUCUUCUUUGUCGCCACCUUCCGCGUCAACGUCUUCUUCGUCCUCACCUUCUUCGGCUUGAUUAUGCUGUUCUCCUUCAUCGCUGCGGCACACUUUGCUAUUCCCUCUGUCACCGAUCUUGCUGGUCUUAAUCACAUCGAGACCUUGCUUAAGAUCGGUGGUGGUUUCGGUUGGUUGGGUCUGGUCAGUGGUUGGUACUUGGCCAUCCUCACCGCCUGUGCUGCCGUUGGCAUCCCUUGCCCUCUUCCCGUUCUGGAUCUGUCCGGCAAGAUCUUCCGCAAGGACAAGAAGGACAGCCAUGGCGAGAACAGCAAGCACGCUUAG